AUGCUUGAGCCCAUAGUAUACGUUGGCAAAAUGGUGGUCAUUAUGCCGUGGAAUAUUUUGAUGGCUUUGAUUUUUAAAGGACCUCGAGAGGGUCGAGAGGUGAGCUUACAACGACAUUUAGCGAUCGUUUAUUUGAGUACUUUUGCCGAUCAUUUGGACUAUUUGACGAUAAAACAGUUCAUAAAUCCGAUUUUACGGGUUUUUAUGAGGCUAACGUUAUGGUGGAUGAAAUGUGGAGAGAAAGAGGGAUUUUUACGAUGGGUUUCUCGAGAAAAAGGUGACGGCGAGGUGCCUUUGCUAUUGUAUAUACAUGGUGGAGGCAUGUGUUUGGAUAUAUUGACGUCGCAUAUUCAAUUCAUGAAACUUUUGGCUCAAGAAGCGGGCCCCAUGUCUGUUGCCUUUUUGGAUUAUUCUGUGUGCACACCGUAUCCGGGUCCUGUAGAACAAGCGUGGGAUUCAUACCGUGCUGCUGUUCAAACGCACAAGAAGAUUUAUUUGGUGGGCGAUUCCGCUGGCGGGACGCUAUGUUUGAACAUUUUACAGCGGUGUUACACGGAAAGCGAAAUUUUCCCCGAGAAAUGCGUCUUGAUUAGUCCAUGGUUGAACGUCUCGAAACCAGAAUUGCAUCUUGCUGAAAAUCGUCCUUUGGAUUAUUUGACAUGGAACCAACUUGCACUGUUCAAAAACAUUUACGCUCCAAGCGCCGAUCCGGCCGAUCCAGGUGUCAAUAUCGAGGUCAAUUUCUCAGAAGAGAUGUGGGGUUCCAUCCUCGAAAACACACGCUGUUUAUUGACGUAUGGUGAUUUGGAGAUCCUCAAACCUCAGAUUCUAAGGUUUUACAUGAAAUUACAAAAAAUCGACAAAACACGUGUGUUGUUGGCACGCGAAAGUUAUGGAGUUCACGUUUCAACAAUACUCUUUGAUACCUGGAACUAUCCUCAUGAUGCUCCACUCCUAACUGAAAUUAUUGAAUUUCUGCGAGAUGUUUAA